AAAGCACUCAGCCUCUAUUCCAGUUUUUGCGUGCAGUUGCAUCUAUCCCUUUGCUGGUCAUCCAGUAAUGCCAAGGAAUUAUCUUAUUUUGCCUUGUUAAAGAAGCAACGAGAUUCCUCUUCUCUAUAAACACAAGCUGAAGCAUCUGGUCUGAUCACCAAAGGGAAUAUAACGUACACGAUUCUGGCUGCAGGGCGUGUCACGGACCUAAAUAUACCUGCAGAUUUGUUAGUCACGGUCAGAGGAGCUGAGCAGCAGCAUCAGCACACAAGCCAAAGCCACCAGACGGAAAAGUGGGAUGGGGCUGGAAGUUUCAUGGGAAAUCGUACUUUCUGAUGAUUCAUUUUUCGCCAGAAACCAGGGGCUGGAGCUCGCUUUACGGAAGGCAGCCACCAGAGCUGCAGCCUGCCAACACCUCCCGGGUGUCCCUAGCCUGAGGGCCCCAGAGCUGAUCCUACGGGCGCGCCCAGCCGGGGGCAGUUCCCCUCGGCUUCCAUUUCUCCCUUCCAUCCUCACAACCGCCCGAGAUGUUAAUUUAUCACCCGCCCGGCACAAAUCCCCUCAGGCCCAAUGUUUAUUGAUGUAACGCCCAGAAAAAUCCAACCCUCCCCCUUCCCCCGCAGCCGCCUCAGCCCGGGCGGAGCCGAGCCCGGCGCCCACCCGGCCCCGGCCGAGCAUCGCCGGGCUGCGGGCCCCGGGGCUGCCCUCACGGAGGACCGGAGGGGCCGGGCCGGGCCGGGGGGGCUCCGGGCUCCGCGCAUGCGAGACGUGCCCCGGCUGUCCCGGCCCAACGGCGCCCGGGGGCGGUUGGAGGCGGCCGGGUGCUUCGGGAGAGGGUUGCCCCUCGCCCCCCCGGAGGGGAAUGGAGCGGUGCCGGUGGCGGGGCGGCAAGGCGCCGCGGAAGAAGCGCUGCUCGUCCCCGCUGCCCGGCGGGGCGGCUGCCCUGGGCUGCCCCAGCCCGCUGCAGCCCUGCCGGCGGCGGCUGUUCGGGAGCGCGGCGCCCCGCGGGCCGCAGCCCGGCUGCCUGAAGGGAAAAUCCCAUGUGAAAACCAUGCCAAAAAUUAAAGAAAAUCUUGAAGUCACCGAAGUGAGCCAUUCAUCCAACCAAAGCAUACAAGCGAAUGUCAAAGAAAUACCAGGCUUGGAAAAAAAUGAGGAGAAUAUAGAAGACAGCACUGUACCGCUGAAGGAAUCUCUGAUAAUCAACUUUGAAAGUAGAGACAGUCUGAAAAAUGCUGAUGUUACUUCAGAUACAGGAAUGACUCUUCCCACAGGCGUUUCAACGUUUCUCCUGGAGUGUUUAGAUACAGAUUCAACUGAAGAUUAUAACACAGCUGUAAGUGAAAGCCUGAACAGUUGUCCAUCCCCUGAAACAUUCAGAGAUGAGGAAGGUUUAGAGAGAAGUAAUCCUUACUUUGAGGACUUCAUUAAAUACAAGAACUCCACGCUCCUGGACUCCAGCAAAGCAGUGGCCAUAGAUAAGAUACCACAGAUCUCAAAUCUUUCAGCAAUAUUAGAACCUGUAUUGGAAGAUUUUCAAGACCAAUACACAAGAAAGCGACCAUCAAAAUGCAGUGAUGGUUCUUCAGAAUUAAGAGUUUCAACUACUCUGGCAGGAAAAAAAGUCUGUAAAAUUACAACUGCAAGAGAGAGAACUCCAGACCGAAAACCUGGUGUGCGCUGUUCUUCACCAAUAGGACCGGAAAGAAAGCCUGACAUUCAGACUGCCGAACCCAGAGGGGUGAAGUGCAAGAGAAAUGAAGAAUUUUCUAAUCCGUUAGAAGAUGAUGCAUCAUCACUCAGUCAGCUUGAAUCUGUCCCAGCAAAUGUUUCAGCCAAAUCAGUGGGGGUGACAGCAGAAGCACUGCCAUCCAGACAGACAGAUGCUGUGGUGCAAAUGAAUUCUACUGUGCCGAUCAUGGAGAAAAAAAAAGCCCUAGAAAACACUGAUUAUGCUCAGCGUGCAAAGCUAGAUCCUUUGUGUUCUGGAAAAGAAAUCUGCUCCAUUGUCAGAACCUCACCAGGUAAUAGGUCUUCCAGGCAUCACCAAAUUCCAGUUAACACAAAAAAGUUCUGCCUUCCUGAAGGAGUGCCUGAAGAUACUAUUACAAGUACCAAAAAUUGGAUCCACUGUAAACGCAGAUGAGGCUUCUGGGUUUCAGCAGGAGUCAACAGAAGAAGCCAAGGGAGAUGAAACGGAAGUACUAAUAAGUAAUUAAUGGCCACAUUUUUUGGCAUGUACAUUAUCUGAAACUUAGUAUACUGUUUGCAGAAAGUCUGUAAAUCCCUUACUUGAACACUUUAAUAUUAAAUUUUUUGUACAAGC